AUGAAUCUUAAUGUAUCAAAAAGUACUAUUAGUUGUAUUGUUAACAAACUUGAAAAAGAGUGCCGGUUAGGUUUAUUAAAUAAUCAAAAACCAAAGCUUUAUCGUCGACGCCAUGUAGCAACACCUGUAACUGUUCGUCGUAUUACGUCAUAUAUAAAACUGUUUAUUAAAUAUGUUAUUCCUCGUUUAUUUCCUGGUGAUACACGAAAAAAAAUGAUUCUUCAUCAAGACAGUGCACCGGGUCAUACAGCAAAAGGGGCAGUUAGUAAUAUGAAAGAAAAGAAAAUCCAAGCUAUGACACUUGCAGAGUGGUUACCUAAGAGUCUAGACGCUGCUCCGAUGGACUAUUCGAUUUGGGAUAUUUUGAAAGAACGGGUAAGAAAACACAAGGUGUCACCAUUAAAUGAGUUGAAAAAUGCUAUCAAACAGAAGUGGGAAAAACUUGAACAGGAUAUAAUCGACCAUGCUUUGAAGAAUUGGCCGAAGCGUGGUAGAUUAAUUUACUAUACUCAUGAAUCACAUAUCAAACAUUUAUCAUAA